AUGCCCCGAGGGCGAAGGAGGCCUAACUCUGUCGGCGGGUCCCGCGGGCAGCCGGUGUUAAGUAAAUUCUUCCAGCCCGUGGGAUGCUUGCAGGCAACCGCUUCUGCCUCGGCUCGUUUUCCUCCUGCCGCCCUCAGCUCGGCUGAGGAGAGAAGCGAAGGCACUCCGGCGGCCCCAGCGGUUGCCGUGCAGACGGCUUGUGAACCUGUUGGGAAAAAAAGAAGAGUUGUAAAAAACAUAGAACAUAUUGACAAGAGUUCAAAGCCUCUGCAAAGUAGAAUAAAGGAAGAGGGGAGUACAGUGAGUAUGCUGGACACUGGAGAACCAAAGAAAUAUACCAGCCCUCGAAUAUGCUCAAAAACCCUUGAUAGAUUGAGAGAGUUUUCUAACCGUUUGGAGCAUCCAAGUAGUACAAUUCAUUCAGAGGCAUUUCAUGGAAUCCAAUCUGUGGAUUUGAAACAAUGCCAACGUUCUGUGCUUGGAAAUGAUGACAUGACUGGCACCCGGCAUUCUCAAAACGUUAGUAAGGAAGAGACGUGGCUUAGCAUGAGCCCAUUUUCUGCCUCGAAAACAAAUAUUGAAGACACUCAAAAUACAUCUCAUACAACUCUCAAUAAAACAACCAAAAGUGUAUAUACACCGCUUGAGCUCCAGUUUCUAGAAAUGAAAAAUCAGUAUAAAGAUGCUAUUUUGUGUGUUGAGUGUGGUUAUAAGUACAGAUUUUUUGGAGAUGAUGCCGAGAUUGCCGCUAAGGAGCUGAACAUCUUCUGUCAUAAAAAUCACAACUUUAUGACUGCAAGCAUACCAACUCACAGACUAUUUGUUCAUAUUCGGCGUCUUGUAGCAAAGGGAUAUAAGGUAGGAGUUGUAAAACAAACAGAAACUGCUGCUUUGAAGGCUGUUGGAGAAAACAGAAGCUCUCUCUUUGCCCGAAAACUAACUGCACUGUAUACGAAAUCUACAAUUCUAGGAGAAGAUGUGAAUCCUCUUCUGAAGCUUGAUAAUCUUUUGGAUGCUGAGGAAAUGCCAUCUGAUGUCUGUGAUAAUUAUCUCCUCUGUAUCUCUGAAAGCAAAGAGAAUUUUAGGGAUAAGAGUCAGGACAUUGUCAUAGGCAUAGUGGCUGUACAGCCUACUACAGGAGAAGUUAUCUAUGACAGAUUUCAGGAUUCUAUAGUUCGUUUAGAGUUGGAAAGUCUAAUUUUGCGCCUGCAGCCUGUUGAGAUUAUUCUUCCCAAAUAUGUGUCAGAUCAAACUGAAAAGCUUAUCAACACUAUGACUUCUAUAAGUUUACGAGAUGACAGAAUUCGAAUAGAGAGAAUGGAAAACAAGCAUUUUGAGUACAGUGAUGCUUUCCAGCUUAUUACAGAUUUCUAUGGCAGCUGCACACUUGAUGGCACAGGUUCCCAAACAUUGUCUGUGAUUCUAAACUUUGAUAAACCAGUGUUAUGCUCUUUGGCUGCUGUAAUCAAGUAUCUUAAAGAAUUUAAUUUAGAAAAGAUACUCUACAAUCCUAGUAAUUUUAAGAAGUUAUCAAGUGAAGCCGAAUACAUGACACUAAACGGGACUACACUGAAGAAUCUUGAAAUUUUACAGAAUCAAACUGAUAUGAAAACAAAAGGCAGCCUGUUCUGGAUCUUGGAUCAUACAAAAACAUCAUUUGGGCGGCGAAGACUAAAGAAGUGGGUGACACAACCUCUCUUGAAAUCCAGUGAAAUUAAUUCUCGACUCGAUGCAGUGUCUGAGGUUCUCCUAUCAGAAUCAAGUGUCCUUGGUCAAAUUAAGACUCUCCUGUAUAAGAUGCCAGACGUUGAGAGAGGAAUCUGUAGUAUUUAUCACAAAAAGUGUUCCGUUCAAGAGUUUUAUCUGGUUGUCAACACGCUCUCUCAGUUGGAAACUGCCAUCACAACUCUGGUUCCAGCUAUACGUACUCAGGUGCAAGCAGUCUUAUUGCAGAAAAGCCUCUUGGAAAUUCCUGAAUUGCUUUGUUCCACAAAAAGAUAUUUAAGCAUACUUAAUGAAGCAGCAGCAAAAACUGGAGACAAAACCCAGCUGUUCAAGGAUCUUACAGAUUUCCCUUUAAUAAGGAAGAGGAAGGAAGAGAUUCAGGCAGUAGUCUGUAAGAUCCAGGUACACCUUCAGGAUAUACGAAGAAUAUUAAAUUGCCCCUCUACAGAUUAUGUAACAGUAUCCGGACAAGAGUUUCAGAUUGAGGUUAAGAACUCACUUGUGUCUUCCAUACCACCUGACUGGAUUAAAGUUAGCAGCACAAAAGCCAUCAGCCGUUUCCACACUCCUUUUAUUGUAGAAAAUUACAGACAUCUGAAUCAGCUGCGUGAACAGCUAGUCUUUGACUGCAGUGCUGAAUGGCUACAAUUUUUAGAUCAUUUUAGUGAGCAUUAUCACUCAAUCUCUAAAGCUGUGGGUCACCUAGCAACUCUUGACUGUGUCUUUUCAUUGGCUGAGGUGGCCAAACAAGGAGACUAUUGCAGACCUGUCAUAAAAGAUGAACAGUCAGAGAUAAUGAUAAAAAAUGGGAAGCAUCCUGUGAUUGAUGUGUUAUUGGGAGAACAAGAGCAGUACGUACCAAAUGAUACAAACUUAUCAGAAGAUGGUCAAAGGAUAAUGAUAAUUACUGGACCUAACAUGGGUGGAAAGAGCUCUUACAUAAAGCAAGUUGCAUUGAUAACUAUCAUGGCACAGAUUGGUUCCUAUGUACCAGCUGAAGAAGCAAGAGUUGGUAUUGUGGAUGGUAUAUUCACCAGAAUGGGUGCCACCGACAACAUAUUUCAAGGUCACAGCACAUUUAUGGAAGAACUGACAGACACAGCUGAGAUAAUUAGAAAAGCAUCUUCACAUUCACUAGUAAUUUUGGAUGAACUGGGGAGAGGCACUAGUACGCAUGAUGGAAUUGCAAUUGCUUAUGCGACUCUAGAAUAUUUUAUUAGAGAUGUGGGUUCAUUGACACUGUUUGUCACCCAUUAUCCUCCAUUGUGUGAAUUAGAAAGGGCCUACCCUAGACAAGUUGGGAACUACCACAUGGCUUUUUUGGUGAAUGAAGAUAACACUGAACAAGAAAAGGACUCUAAAGAAAAUCCUGAACUUGUCACUUUCCUUUAUCAAAUAACAAGAGAAGUUGCUGCAAGAAGUUAUGGACUAAAUGUUGCUAAAUUAGCAGAUGUUCCUGAAGAAAUUCUAAAAAAGGCAGCACAAAAAUCAAAAGAGCUAGAGAGUUUAACAAAUAUGAGAAGAAAAAGGCUGAUGACAUUUUCUAAACUAUGGAAUACUAACGAUGCUGGAGAACUGCACAAAUUGAAAAACAUGUGUGAAACAGAUAGUGAUUUAAGCCAACUUUAAAAAUUCCUCAAAGCCUGCCAAUUGAAAAUGGAAAUAACAUCGGUUUAAUAUAACUUAUCACAAAAAGAAAUAUAUUCACAAAGUUAAAUUUUAGUUAACUUAACAGAAGGAUUUUAACUGCCGAAUGCCUGAUUCACCUGGUCAUUUGUGUAAACUGCACCAUGGAGGUAGUUAUGUAGAGCAGCAUACUAGGAGACAAACUAUUUAAGACAUCAGGAAAUCUGUGUUUGGAACUCCCAUGAUUUUUUUAAAUUUAAAAGCAGCCACAGGGCUUGGUGCCUUCUAUCCUAUGUCAUCUAUCUAAUCAGAAUUAUCCUCUGAAACUGGCAUUUGCACAGUGGGGAGAAACAUAAAGGUAACCAUUAUGACACUUGUAUAUUUCCCCCCUAGGAGGACAAAUAAAAGGGUUUUUUGUUUGUUUUUGGUGGUGCAAGUUAUGGGAGAUUUGUUCAUGGGUCUCCUGCCAUCUUGUCUACUUUGGCCCCAUGUAAACUAAUGUAGCUAUUGUAACUGGAAAUCACUGCAAAAUGUACCUUUCACAUGGUACCUUCUUGCCAUAAUCAAGUGCAAUCAUGAGGGGGGAAAUCUGUAGCAAAAAUGGCCCCUGUGAAUUGGUACCAACAAUUAUUUAAAUGCAGUGGAUAUUUUAUACACAACCCUGAUCUUUAGUUUUUCAGAUUGCUUCCUUAUGUCUGGUGGACUUAUUCACUGAAAAUAAAAUCAUUUUAUUACAUUCUCCCAUAUUAUGUAUCCAAAAGGCAAUCUUUAUCCAGUUUCUCUCUAAACUGUACUAUAUAUAUAAAUAUCACGCUUUUGCUAUUUGAUGAAGUUAACUGUAAUUACUGAUAGAAAACAUGAAAAUCUUAUACUGAUGAAGUUAACUGUAAUUACUGAUAGAAAACAUGAAAAUCUUAUAUUUAUAAAUUAUAGGAAAAUAAUUUUGUAUUAAAUAAAGUAAUGGUUUUUAAAAAGGAGUGUUGAUUUCUAAAAUGAUUAAAGCCAGAACAGAGUUAUCUUUAGGGAAUAGUCUGGACUGGCUUCUGGAAACCAACUUCUUAUGCCACCCAGAUAGUGAUCUACUAAUAUGUGGACAUGUUAAUGUUCAUAUAGGCA